AAAUCUCUCCCUAGUCCCUCCUCUCCGCAAAAGCUAGAGAAUUUUCAAGGUCUCUCUCUAAUCUUGAAGACAGUCUCUUCACCAUCCUACUCAGCCGCCCCAUGUUAAGCAGCAACUCACAAAGAGCAAUCAUCGUGAUCCGUAGAAUGGAGAUGAUUGGGACAUCAAGCGAGAAGAUGAAGACAGGCGAUCAAGUUUCGAUUGAUAUUUACUAGUUAGGGAAGACUAUGAGAGAGGAGUUGGAGAUCUUGCAUCCUUCACUUGAUGACUGUUGCAUUUACAGAGUCCCUAAGCGGUUGCGAGUGUUAAAUGAAAAGGCCUACACACCACAAGUUGUCUCUAUCGGCCCACUUCAUCAUGGCAGGGAAGAAUUCAAAGCAAUGGAAGAGUACAAAAGAAGGUAUCUGAAAGAUUUUCUUGCGUGGAGUGAAUUAAGCUUGGAGGAUUUGAUUGGAGUUACUGAGAUGGAAGAGACAAGGCUUCGUAAUUGUUAUGCGGAAGCAAUUGAACUCAGUAGUGAUGUUUUUGUGAAGAUGAUGCUGCUAGAUGCCGCCUUCAUCAUUAUGAUCAUGCUGAAAAACUAUUUUCUAGACUUCCAGAGCAGCAACGAUCGUAUUUUCAGUAGACCAUGGAUGAUUCAUGAUAUAAGGUUUGACAUGAUCUUGCUUGAAAAUCAGCUUCCAUUCUUUUUUCUUAAUGACUUGCUUAAGCUAUCCAACCCUUAUAAAGGAUAUUCCUUGAUAGCAUUUACCCAUGGGUUCUUGAAAGGUGCAUUGGGUUCAUGGGUGACAGAUAACAUAUUAAAUGGUAUCAAUUCGUCAGAAGUGCAACAUUUUGUAGACUUUCUAAGAAUCUGUCAGCAGCCAACAAAGCUUCCUCAGCCAAGGAAACUCAAAACUCUAAACAUGCCGAGUGCAGCAGAGCUCCGUCAAGCUGGAGUCAAGUUAAAGCUGGGGUCGAGCAAGAAUCUAUCUGACUUAAAAUUCAAUAAAAGUAGAGGGAGACUGGAAAUUCCACGAUUACUAGUAAUUGACCAGACAGAGAUCUUAUUCAGAAAUCUUCAGGCAUUUGAGCAAUGCAAUUGCAGUGACAAAUAUGUGACUAACUAUAUUACCAUGAUCAAUUUGCUUGUCUGUAGUACCAGGGAUGUGGAAAUACUUGUUCGGAAAGGAAUUAUAGAAAACUGGCUGCGUGAUAAUGACGCCGUUUUAAGUGUUCUCCACAAUCUUGACAAAGAAAAUCUCAUCUUCCUCGACAAUUUCUACUUUUCUGAAAUUGUUGAAGAUCUGAAUAAAUACUGUAGAAAGCGGAGGCACAAAUGGAAUUAUUUCCGUAAUCCAUGGGCCAUAAUAUCUGUUAUCGCUGCUGCUAUUCUCCUCAUGCUCACUGUGGUACAAGCUGCGUGCUCUAUCAUUCAAGUUGUUUAGGUCUACUAUCUCAAUUGUUCUGUGAUCUGUAUGGCCAAAACUUAUCAAACUGCGGUUGUUGAGAGCUUGUAAGCAGUUUGAGUUUCUGUCCAAUAGGGUUUUUAUGAUAGACAUCAUGUUUUUUUUAUUCAAAAUAAUACUACAUCAAAAAUAAUUUUCUUAA